CCUCAGCCACAGACGCGGCUUUCCUCCCUUCCCUCCUCCAAAAUCUAUCUAUUUAUUUAUCUUCAAAACAAAACACCCCACCCCCCCCCUCCCCGCAUCCAAACUGACCAAGCUAUAAGAACGCGCUUAAAGUGUGCUUGUUUUCUGCAGUAAGAUUUGUGCAUUUUUGGGGAGGGGGGAAGAUAUUUGCGCAUGCCAGGUGCAAAGACAUCGAAAUCCCAUACACAGUGACUGUGUGUGCGCUCGGGGCUCUGUGGCUGGGUUCUUGAUUGUGCUUUAGCUUCUCGUUUGAUUCGUUAACUUCUGUUUUUGACUCGGCUGUUCCUUGGACCAGCCAGAAGAAAGCUCUGUUCUCCCCUGUGCCUCCAACCUUCUUCCUUUCGCUGCCGAUUCGGGGGGCUGUUGAUCGCCGCUAACUUUAAAGGGACUGAAACCGAAGCGGGGGGUGGAAUUGACUAGCUGGGCAGUCCGAAUCGAGGAGAAGAGCUGAGCCAGCGCGCUAGCUCUCUCGCCCUAUUUCUGUCUCCUCUCCCUGUCUUUGCCCAGCCUUUCCACAUCCCAGACGUUUGGUUCGCCUCCUGAUUCCUUUUGGUCCUGCUCUGCGGGACCCAUCUUUUCUGCUUUUUCUUCACGCUUCGUUCCUCCCCGCUCAAAAAAAGGGAUUACAAACAAAGUGAAAAUCAAAAUCAACAGGCUGACCACCCAAAUUUUCUCCGGGGGGGCCGUGAAAAGGCGAAGUCACGGAGCCAAGAAAAAUGGAUUCUUUUUUCCCCAUGCUCCUCCUCGAAGCUUUAUUGUGGACCCAGGCGGCAUCAUUGAUCAAUUUAAAAUACUCAGUCGAGGAGGAGCAGAGAGCGGGGACGGUAAUAGCAAAUGUCGCCCAAGAUGCCCAAGAAGCCGGCUUUUUGCUGGAUGCUCGGCAACCGGCUUUCCGGGUGGUCUCCAACUCGGCCCCCCACUUGGUGGACAUCAACCCCAACUCCGGAAUGCUUGUCACCAAACAGAAAAUCGAUCGGGACCUGUUGUGCCACCAGAGCCCCAAAUGCGUGAUCUCCUUAGAGGUGAUGUCCAGCUCCAUGGAAAUCUGCGUGGUCAAGGUGGAGAUUAAGGACCUGAACGACAACACCCCCAGCUUCCCCAGCUCCGAGAUCGACCUAGAGAUUUCCGAAACCGCGAGCCCCGGCACACGAAUCCCGCUGGACGGCGCCUACGACCCCGACUCCGGCAGCUUCGGUGUGCAAACGUACGAGCUCACGCCCAACGAUCUGUUUGGUCUGGAGGUGAAGACGCGCGGCGACGGCUCCCGCUUUGCCGAGCUAGUGGUGGAGAAAAACUUGGACCGUGAGACCCAGGCCUAUUAUAACUUCCGCAUGACAGCCCUGGACGGUGGCGACCCGCCGCGCAUGGGCACCGUGGGGCUCCGCAUCAAGGUGAUCGACUCCAACGACAACAACCCGGUGUUCCCGGAGGCUACCUACUUGGUGAGUGUUCCCGAGAACGCGCCCCUCAACACGCCCGUCAUCCAGCUCAACGCCACCGACCCCGACGAGGGCACUAACGGCGAGGUGGUUUACUCCUUCUACGGCUUUAUCAACGAAAAGGCCCGCGGCCUCUUCCAGAUCGACCCGCACAGCGGCCUGAUCUCGGUGAGCGGCGCCAUAGACUACGAACAGGGCCGCGUCUACGAGCUGGACGUGCAGGCCAAGGACUUGGGACCUAACUCCAUUCCGGCUCACUGCAAGGUAACCGUGAACGUGUUGGACGUCAAUGACAACGCUCCGGUCAUCAACCUGCUGUCGGUCAACAGUGAGCUGGUGGAGGUGAGUGAGAGUGCCCCGCCGGGCUACGUGAUUGCGCUGGUGCGGGUAUCCGACCGUGACUCGGGGGUCAACGGUCGGGUGCAGUGCCGCUUGCUGGGCAACGUGCCCUUUCGCCUCCAGGAGUACGAGAGCUUCUCCACCAUCCUGGUGGACGGGCGCCUGGACCGCGAGCAGCGGGACCAGUACAAUCUGACUAUCCAGGCCCGCGACGGCGGCGUGCCCUCUCUGCAGAGUACGAAGUCCUUCACCGUCAAGAUCACUGACGAAAACGAUAACCACCCACACUUCUCCAAGGCCUACUAUCAGGUCAUAGUGCAGGAGAACAAUACUCCUGGGGCCUAUCUGCUCUCGGUCUCGGCCAGGGACCCGGACCUGGGCCUCAAUGGUAGUGUCUCCUACCAGAUUGUGCCCUCGCAGGUGCGAGACAUGCCGGUCUUUACCUACGUGUCCAUCAACCCCAACUCGGGGGACAUCUACGCCCUGCGCUCCUUCAACCACGAGCAGACCAAGGCCUUCGAGUUCAAGGUGUUGGCCAAGGACGGGGGCAAUCCUUCCCUGCAGAGUAAUGCCACCGUCCGGGUCAUUGUCCUCGACGUGAAUGACAAUACCCCGGUGAUCACCGCGCCGCCCCUGGUCAACGGCACCGCCGAAGUCUACAUCCCCCGAAACGCGGGGGUGGGCUACCUGGUGACCGUGGUCAAAGCUGACGACUACGACGAGGGCGAGAAUGGAAGGAUCACCUAUGACAUGACUGAAGGCGACCGGGGCUUCUUCGUGAUCGACCAAGCCAACGGCGAGGUCCGCACCACCCGGACCUUCGGGGACAGCUCCAAGACCACUUACGAGAUCAUCGUGGUCGCCCAUGACCACGGCAAGACCUCCCUCUCGGCCUCUGCCUUGGUCUUAAUCUAUCUGUCCCCGGCCCUCGAUGCCCAAGAGUCUGCAGGGUCUGUGAAUCUGUCCCUGAUUUUCAUCAUUGCCCUGGGAUCUAUCGCUGCCAUCCUCUUCGUCACCAUGAUCUUCGUGGCAGUGAAAUGUAAGAGGGACAAUAAGGAAAUGAGGACCUACAACUGCAGCAGCUGCCUAGCCAUCCCUCGCCUCUUCUGCCAUUUCAUAAAAAGGCCCAAACGGCAAGUGGAGGGUCUGCGGCUCUGUUUCUCCUGGGAACAGGGAGGAAGGCAGGAAAGCAGGGGAGAAACGGAGCCCACCGGGACCAGGAUUGCUGAGUACUCCUAUGGGCACCAGAAGAAAGCGAGCAAGAAGAAGAAGAUCAACAAGAAUGACAUCCGGCUCGUGCCCCGAGACGUGCAGGAGAAUGACAAGAUGAAUGUGGUCAGCUGCUCCUCCAUGACCUCGUCCCUCAACUACUUCGACUACCAUCAGCAGACCCUGCCACUGGGCUGCCGCCGGUCUGAGAGUACCUUUCUGAAUGUGGAGAGCCAGGGCGGGCGGAAUGCAGGCUCUGGCACCGUCUACCACCACACCUUUACGGUGCAGAGUGCCCAGCAGCCUGACCUGAUCAUCAACGGGAUGCCCCUGCCAGAGAAUGAGAACUAUCCCUACGAGGGCAGCUAUGCGAACAACCGAGCCCACAUAAUUAAGAGCAGCUCCACAUUCAAGGACUUGGAGGGAAACAGCCUGAAGGACAGCGGGCAUGAGGAGAGUGACCAGACCGAUAGUGAGCAUGACACCCACCGGGGCCUGUACUGUGACACGGCUCUCAAUGACGUCCUGCAUUCCAGUGCCGACCAUGAUCAGAACGAAGGCUUUCAUUGCAGGGAAGAAUGCCGCAUUCUCGGUCACUCUGACAGGUGCUGGAUGCCUCGGAACCCUCUUCCCACUCGGUCCAAGUCCCCAGAUCGCGGAAGAAUCAUCACUCUGUCUAUUGAAGCGACCGCCGCCGACGUGGAGAUCUACGAAGACUGCACGACGACCAAGAGGACUUUUGCGACCUUUGGCAAGGAGGUGGUGGUGGACCGAUCGGAGGAACGGCACGGCCAUCGAGGCAAGAGAGUGCUAGACCUGUCCAUCUGCAGCCCUAAGGUCACCAGCGCCAUCCGUGAAGCUGGCAACGGCUGUGAAGCCAUCAGCCCGGUCACUUCGCCCCUCCGCCUGAAGAGUUCUCAGCCCGCCAAGCCAACGCUGAUCACCUACAGUGCCAUCAUCCACUGCCCUGCUACCCACACCGUGGAGCCGUUCCCGAGCAACGGGCCUUCUCGCCCCACUGAAGCAGAGCCACGUGGAGCCGACGACGACGACGACGACGAGGACGAGAACGAGGAGCACGAAGCUGAAGACCUGGAGCCGGAGAGUCCGGAGAAAGAGUCCCCGGGCCCCAAGAGGCUCAAGGAUAUCGUGCUGUAGGCUGGCCACAUGCAGCUCGGCCAUGGCCACGUCUGUGCAGAUCGACCAGCCGAUGGCUUUUAAUGGCUCACCAAUGCCUGUAUUUCAAAGCUUUCCCUAAGUGUAUUGUUUAUUUGUGAAUGAUACUGUCAUAAUGUGACAAUCCCUCUUGUUUCAACAGGAGACAGGGGUGUUCGUUUGGAGCAAAUUAGCUUUGGUUUCGGGGGGGCCCUUGGGGCGGGAGGAGAGUAAAACAAAUUGAGUUGUAAGAAGUAUUAUGUCUUAAGUAUUUUGGAUUUCUAUAUUUUUCUAUAGUAAAAUUAUAAUGUAAAUGACUAUUGUUUGUGGAGCCGAAACUAGGCCAGACUGUACCUGGGGCAAAUUUAGUUGGGUGAGGGAGAGGUGCAGAGCACAAUGGAAAGGUGGGAAAAAGGCCUCUCAGAAGAGGGCUGCCGUAGAAAUGAAUUAGGGGCAGCUGCCCUCUUUGGCUCUUGAGGACUCUGGCGGGGAGGAACGGGGACAGCAGUCACCGUGAGGAGAAAGCACACCCUCAUGUGAAUACCCUGGACUGAAGGCUCAUGGACCCUAUUCUAGUGACGGCUCGGGUUAUUUGUAAAGGAUUAAAAAACAAACAAAAAAAUUAAAAAAAAAAUUAAAAACAAAACAAAACAAAAAAAACAACCAAAAAAACCCCAAAACAAACAAACAAAAAAACCAAACAAACACUGCUAUCUGGACAUUGAAUCAACACACCAAUGUCUCCGUUUGGCAGACAGCGACUGGCUGUUUCCUAGACACUGUACUAUCAGGAAUUCAAUGACUUCACGUCGAAUCCCUACAAAGACUCUUGGAAAACUCACGCACCUGAGGAUGUUGCUAGUUUCCCAUGGACACCUGCCCACAAAGAAGACUCCGCUUGUUGUCACUUGAUUACCACCCUCUGAUUCAGUGUUUCGGCUGAUCUCGACACUUGUGGUGAUGGUAACGGACUUGAAAAGAUGAGUUUCAAAAACAAGACACAGCUCCAUGUACUGGUACCUCACCCAGAGAUGGAAAACUUGGGGGGAAACGGCACAUUUCUGAGCUCAUGUAAUGAAUGAUGUUUCAUCAUUUGCAAAGUCUUUUUCACAGAGCCGUGAUAGCUCAUCGAAGAGAGGCAUUUUCAGAUAGUCGGCUGCCUAAUUUGCGGGUGUCAGAAAUACUCUGCUGAAAGUUUUAUGAGAUCCCUUUUUCUAAUUUUCAGGCACUGAGCAGGAAAAGUUGUUCCCUGAACUCCAUGGUUCUCAAGUUUCACUAUUCCCUGUCUCCAAUCAUCUAAAACUCAAAAUGACUGAAUCUAUUUAGAGAGAGAAAUUAGCAUGUCUUCAGACCCACACUUCCUGAUUCAGUGUUCCCCAAUCAUGAUUGGAAUUAGUUUGCAUAGCUCAUCACGGGCCUGAAAUUUCAAAUCUUAUUUUUCUGUACCCUGGGCUUCUAAAUAGGGAUAGAGUAAGUAAUAGAAAGUAUAACAUUUAGGCCAACCUAGGGGAAACAUAGCAACAUUACUAAUCAAAUUUAUGUGCCUUCCAUAUGGAGAAAAUUGAAAGUUAGUCUUUUUGGAAUGAGCACAUUUCAGGGUGAUUAAAGAUUUCAACAUGAACAAAGACACUAAAAUGAAAACCCAUUAAAUUGACUUAGCUUAAAAAACAACCAUAGGCUAGAGCUUAUAACCUUGAGACUUUCUUUUCUUUCUUUUCCUUUUAACCAAACUGACCAUUAUUUCCCAUUUUCUAAAAUUGCUUCCCGCCCCCCACCAUUUAAAAAAUACGUUUGCUAAAUUCUCAGCUCAUUCAUUGUGUUUCCUAGCCAAAGGAGUGUGUGUUUUUAACCCAAGAGUUCAUUAUUUAAAACAAAGCAAAACAAAGCAGAUCUGAUCUUCUCUCUGCCUUGAACUUCUAAUGACAAGAGUUGUUUCUCCACGACCAAGUGUUUUGAUUCCUCUUCUCAUUAGUGUCAAUGAUUAAAAUUCACAGCAGUGCCCAGUAAAAGAAGACUUCCAAGGGCAGGGCACAAGCAUUCAAAUGAGAUUCUUCUUUCUUCUUUUUGAGGUUAAGGUAGAUCAGUCAACCAUAUUCCACCAUUUCCGUGGGCUUUUUUGUCCGAGUUUCUGCCUUUGUUCAUCACUAAGAAUGUUUUAUCUAUCUGGUAGUGGUAGCGGGAUAGGGGGGCAGAGGGAGGGGAGGGAUAAAGAGUUUCCGAAGGAAUCUCUAGUGAAACUGCUGAAUACUACUACCUCAUGCAAAUUAUUAAUAUAGCCUCAAAUUUUCCUCUGAAACUGACACAAUUAGAGAUCAAUUGCCAUGCCAUCUACAUGUUUCUGUUCUCACUGGAUUUCAUUCUCUGCUGAUCCCAUGUUCCUUUCCUUUAGAUUUCUUUCUUUCCAGUGGCAACGCACUGCCAUUGAAAUCCUAGAUAGUUUAUUUUCUUUAGCAAUUGACCAUUCUGUUAGAGUAAUAGAAGAAAGAACCCCCCCCCUUUUUCAGUUACUAGAGCUGCCUGUAAAAUGUAGAUUGUGUUGUACAAUCUAUUCUGAUAUUAGGUUGUUAGCUACCACCAGAGGGUCUCUUUGAAGUCAGAUCUGACAGUCUUUACACAGCUGUAGCUCCCACUAUGCUCAGUGGGCACCAGGGAGAUACAGAGGUUACAGAAAAAGGGAACGUUAAAUGUUACUUUCUGUGGUUGCUGAGCCAUAGAGACCACUGGCUGCUAUGUCUCUUACCAGCAGAGUUGAAAAUUGUUGGAUCAGCCAAGACAGGAUUUUUCCCCCUUUUCUUCCCCUCUCCCCUUUCCCCUCUUUCUGUGUCUUAGAAAUCCAGUUUCGCUUUAGAGGCCUGUCCUCUCUCCUUACCUAGAUGCCUUUGUUUCUACUCAAUCAUAUGGAUCUCUCGGUGGACAAUCAGAGAAGUUGUGGCUUCAGAGUCCUCAACUGAGCAUAUGCACGGCACAAAAAUAGCCUUUUUUCUCGACUGCCCUACAUGACCCCUCUUAGGAAACCCCAAAUAUCUAGGAAGGCUUUGGGAACCAGGUGAAGCCAGGCUGUGAUAUUUCACCAGAACUGGGUGCAAGGAAUCCUAAGUUCACUGAGUGGGUGGGGUCAUUGAUGUGUUUUCCUCUCCUUGCUCCUUCACAUGCCUGAUGAGAGGCUACAAAGAUCAGAGGGCCAGAUAUCCCCAAUCCUCUCUCUUUCCUCUUCCUACUUCACACCCUCAUCCCUAAUUCAUGCCACAUACCUUAACUUGAGGGAAGGAUUUUAGGCAUUGGAGUUGAAGGGCAGUAAUACUGUUCCAACAGCCUUGGGUAGGUAUCUCCCUAGGCUGGAAGCACCUCCGUGCAAUAUGGAGGGUCUUAGUUUUAGUUUUAGUUUAAUUGAUUGAUAUUGUUCCCAACUCUGGGAAUGUAAUAUACGGGGACUAAGGAAUGGAAAACCAUGCAACAUGGAUUCUCUUCCCCUAUAAUGAGUAAAGUAUGAACCUGGUCAGAUGAAGCCUCCCUCAUCCCCGCCACCCUACCCAAAGCCAAUGGGUGACAUCACCACCGACCUUCUUGUUGUCUAGAUGAUGGGCACAAGGAACCCACAGUUCAUCUUGAAGGAACAACCCUACUGACUAGAGGUAUCGACAAGAGAGAUGUCGAUUCAUGAAUUCCAUAGGCGACAACACAGUGGCUUCCAGUCAAAAAAUGCUUGAGGAAACAUAGCGUGAGGCGUAACAAUGGGGCUACCCAGCAGUGUUUCCCCUUGAGACAUCGCCAUGGGUAUCUCUUAAUACCCUUCUUUUAGCAUGGGAGUGCGAGGAGUUGCGGUUCUUUUUUUUCCCCAUUUAGCUCUAUGAUCAUUCAGAAGUGAAAUUAAGGUUAGUCUUGAACAGAAAUUCGAAAAAGAAAAGGAGAUUUGGGGCAAGGCCCAGAGACAUGGGGGAUAGCUGGGCCUUUGGGGAUCUUGAAAGAUUUAAUGUAUAUUAUAACUCUAAUUGUAAGUGUAAUUUCAAUUUAGCUUUAUCAGAUUCAUUUUGGUGGUGACUUUGUUCCCAAAGCAUUUCUUUCUGGCAAAUCUGGUCCACUCCGCUAUUUAUCUAGGGCAACAAGGCCCUCGCUCUGCAUUAGCUAGCUUUGAAAACUGGUAUAAACAACCUUAAGAAGUCCAUUGUAUACAAUCCUAGUGUUUGCCUAUUUGGUGACGUUCCAUUUAGGAAAUCAUUUCAUGAGUCAAACCGUAUUCUUACACGGAAGUCUACUGCAACACUCUUUUGGGGGGGUUUUCUUCUCAAGUAUAUACAAGGUGAUAUACAAAGGGGGGAUGUGUGGGUGGGGCUGGGACCGGGUGGCUUUAUAUUCAUUAUUAAAUCCAUGAGAACAUAACGCAUUGUCCUAAUGGAGUUGUUGCGGUGAAUCCCUGUUUAUUGUGAGACUGGAGAUGACCUGUGGGUCACUUGUUGUACAACUGUCGAUUACUUUUUAAAGUUGAAAACAAGUUGCUUUCGUGAAGAAAAUGUUGUCUGAUCAAUGUUGGAAAAAAAAAUUAAAAAAGCUCUUGUUAAAAAACAAAUAAAUAAAAA